GGAGAGCUGGGAGCCUGCUGGGAGGCAGCUGAGCGGCAACCGGAGUUGCGCAUCCGUUAAUCACCAGCGUGCGCGCCGGGAGCCCCAGCACUGUGGGAGGUCGAGGCUGGAGGAUCGCAAGUUCAACGCCACCCUCGAAACGAGUGACUUUGCGCGACCUUGUCUCAAGAUAAAAAGCCGCGUGAUAGCUACUUUUACAUGUUCAGGAGAAAAAGAAGUCAAUUUGGCUGUUCAGAAUGCAAAGGCUGCCUUCAAAAUAUGGAGUAAAAAAUCUGGCAUGGAGCGUUGCCGGAUCCUCCUGGAAGCUGCCAGAAUUAUAAGGGAGCGGAAGGAUGAAAUCGCCACCGCGGAGACCAUCAACAAUGGCAAGUCCAUCUUCGAGGCCCGCUGGGACAUCGACACUUCCUGGCAGUGCCUGGAGUACUUUGCAGGCUUGGCCGGAUCCCUGGCUGGUGAGCACAUCCAGCUCCCUGGCGGAUCCUUUGGCUACACCCGCAGGGAGCCCCUUGGGGUGUGUGUGGGGAUCGGAGCUUGGAACUACCCCUUCCAGAUCGCCUGCUGGAAGUCAGCCCCGGCUCUGGCCUGCGGUAAUGCCAUGGUCUUCAAGCCUUCCCCCUUCACGCCGGUUUCUGCUGUGCUCCUGGCCGAGGUCUACACCCAGGCGGGUGUGCCUCCCGGGCUCUUCAACGUGGUGCAAGGCGGGGCAGCCACUGGCCAGUUCCUGUGUCAGCAUCCCGACGUGGCCAAAGUCUCCUUCACUGGAAGUGUGCCCACCGGCAUGAAGAUCAUGGAGUUGUCAGCUAAAGGAAUCAAACCUGUUACCUUGGAACUUGGCGGCAAAUCUCCACUCAUCAUCUUCUCAGACUGCAGCAUGGAGAACGCUGUGAAGGGCGCACUGAUGGCCAAUUUCCUCACACAAGGCCAGGUUUGUUGUAAUGGCACAAGGGUAUUUGUGCAAAAGGAAAUUAUUGAUAAGUUCACCGAAGAAGUGGUGAAGCAGACCCAGAAGAUAAAAAUUGGAGAUCCCCUUCUGGAGGGUACAAGAAUGGGUCCGCUCAUCAACCGGCCGCACCUGGAGCGAGUCCUUGGCUUUGUGAAGUCAGCAAAGGAGCAGGGUGCUAAGGUGUUAUAUGGUGGAGACCUGUACGUACCUGAGGAUCCCAAAUUAAAAGAUGGAUACUACAUGAGACCUUGUAUAUUGACUAAUUGCAGAGAUGACAUGACCUGUGUGAGAGAAGAGAUCUUUGGACCAGUCAUGUCCAUUUUGCCGUUUGACACGGAAGCCGAGGUUCUGGAACGAGCCAACAACACCACGUUUGGACUCGCAGCUGGCGUGUUUACCAGGGACAUCCAGCGGGCUCACAGAGUGGUGGCCGAGCUGCAGGCAGGAACGUGCUACAUUAACAACUACAACGUCAGCCCCGUGGAGCUGCCCUUCGGGGGAUAUAAGAAGUCAGGAUUCGGCAGAGAGAAUGGCCGUGUGACACUUGAAUAUUAUUCACAGCUGAAGACUGUGUGCGUGGAGAUGGGUGAUGUGGAGUCUGCUUUUUGAAGCCAGGCUGUGGGAUAAGUCAAGUUGGCAUCUUGACAUGGCAGGAUAACUGAUGACCACUUCAAUCCAGACUUUGGUCAUUCAGAUUGAAAUGUGGCUUGAUGGUGUUCUUCAUCUUUCAGUCACCUUCCUAACUGACACUGUGCACAAGUGCCUCUUAGAUAGGAAUUAAGAUAGUUGUGAUUUUUCUGACAGCAAAUUUCUGUGAAAUCUUUAAAAGUUAGCAGCAUGCUUCCGGAGAACAGGUGGUUUAACAGGUAGAGCAUAACCAGUGUUACACAUCUUCCAC